AUGAACGGCAAGCUGGUGAUCGUCCCCAUUGAGCACGACGUCGGCCCUGGAUCCCGUUACCUCGGGUGCGCCAAGAUGGUGAAGGAUCCGGACACUUUGGUCGUAACAUUCGACGACGACAUCGCCUACGAGAGCGAAACCAUCUCCGCCUUGUCGUGCGCGAUGCGCCACGACCCCGAGUUCUCGUGGACGGGCCACCGGUUCAUGGGGCUGACAGGCAUUCAGACGGGUCAGGGCGCUGACGGCUUCAUGAUGCACGCCAGGGACUUGAAUGGGUUCGAAGCCUUCAUCGAGUCCGUCCAGGAGCCCUGCUUCAAGGUUGACGACCUCGCUGUGUCGGAGUGGCUGACGAACUACGCCAAGAAGCCGGUGAAGGCCUUAGAGGACAAGCAGCAGAAUGUUGCUGCUUGCGGGUUGGUGAAGAUGCCGAUCUACAAGGCCAAUUGUUGGAUUGUCGAGGACAAGCACAACAAAGAGACUGGCGAGCGCCAGAUCUGCCGCCCGACCAUCACGAGCGUCAAUUCUUUGCGGACCGACAAAGCCACUGGCGGCCGCGGAGAAGACAUGAAAAGAUGCGCCGAUGCCCUGGCUGCCAAGCGGCUGGAGAAGAAACCUACUGAGAGCGACAACGAGGAUGACCCAUGA